AGAGUGUAGAGUGAAGCGUGGAAAGGACCGCGCGGCCCCUUUAAGUAUUCUCGGGCUGGGAAAGAGAGGGAGGAAACCGGGAGCCGCGGGGACUGUGGGGGAAACCCGCAAGCAAUCGAGCCAGAGAAGAGGCAGCGUGAGAGUAGAAACUUCAGACGCCGCUGAUCCCGGCGGAGUUCGGGUGAGCCGCAGCAGCCGUCGCUCCCACCCGCAGCGGCAUCCUCCUGGCCCCUCUCCGCCACCCCGGGGAGGUCGGGUGCCUCUCUGCAGCUACCACGAGCCAGGGCUGCGGGCAGCCACCGCCUGGAAGUUUAGGCUCCAGCGUUCCAGCCGCGGAGAGUUCGGGGUGCCUUGCGCGCACGCCCCGGCGGGCGAGGGGCCGGAGGGAUGGUGAGCGCCGCGCUGGGCUGGGGGCGCCCGGGAGGCUUGAGUGUGUCCGCGGAGCUGCUGCCUUCUUCAGUACCCUCCGCAUCCCCCAAGUGAUGGGAACAAGGGCCCGCCCAGGGAACCGCUGUCGCCGCACCGCCCCCUUGCUCGCCCCCAGCGCGCGGAGUCACCCAGGCACACCCCCGGCACCCUGUGCCCGUCCUCCCGAGCUGCUGCCACUGCCUUGGCUGCCUUUGCCGCCGGCGCGGGUGGCCAGCUGUUGACUGGGCUCGCCUAUAGACGGAGAAGCACUUUUCGGCCCUCCCUAAUCCGUUCUCACACGCCAACUUUGCCGCCGCCGCGCCGGCCCUCGCCGCGGGAGCACGCCGGGAGGCUCGGCAAGAUUGUGGAGGCAGGAAACCGCACAACUGCUCUUCUGCUUCGGCUCUUUGUUGUUCGCUUUGGAUGGUCCUUGGAAGUGGCCAAGCCUCCUCGGAAACCCUGGCGCCAGAGAAGGCAAACCUUGGAAUUCUUAGUUUGCAGAGGGCUCAGAGAUACUGACAAGCGUCCGGAGAGGUGGACAAGUAAUUGCCCUAAAAACUCCUGGCGGAUUGAUCCACGUUGCUUAUAUUAAGCCUUUGUGUGUAGUGUGUGUGGCUUCAUAAAUUUGGAGACCCCAUUUCUACUCUCUCCUCUUGGCAUGAGACUGUAUGCAGGAUCCACCCGAGGACAAUGAUCGCGGAGCCUGCUCACUUUUACCUCUUUGGAUUAAUAUGUCUCUGUUCAGGCUCCCGUCUUCGUCAGGAAGAUUUUCCACCUCGCAUUGUUGAACACCCUUCCGACCUAAUUGUCUCAAAAGGAGAACCUGCAACUUUGAACUGCAAAGCUGAAGGCCGCCCCACACCCACCAUUGAAUGGUACAAAGGUGGGGAGAGAGUGGAGACAGACAAAGAUGACCCUCGCUCACACCGAAUGUUGCUGCCAAGUGGAUCUUUAUUUUUCUUACGUAUAGUGCAUGGACGAAAAAGUAGGCCUGAUGAAGGGGUCUAUGUCUGUGUAGCAAGGAAUUACCUCGGAGAGGCUGUGAGUCACAAUGCAUCGCUGGAGGUAGCCAUACUACGGGAUGACUUCCGACAAAACCCUUCCGAUGUCAUGGUGGCUGUGGGAGAGCCUGCAGUGAUGGAAUGCCAGCCUCCACGAGGCCAUCCAGAGCCCACCAUUUCGUGGAGGAAAGAUGGCUCUCCGCUGGAUGAUAAAGAUGAAAGAAUAACUAUACGAGGAGGAAAGCUCAUGAUUACUUACACCCGCAAAAGUGAUGCUGGCAAAUACGUUUGUGUUGGUACCAACAUGGUUGGGGAACGUGAGAGUGAAGUAGCAGAGCUAACUGUUUUAGAGAGACCUUCAUUUGUGAAGAGACCUAGUAACUUGGCAGUCACUGUGGAUGACAGUGCAGAAUUUAAAUGUGAGGCCCGAGGCGACCCUGUGCCCACAGUACGAUGGAGGAAAGAUGAUGGGGAACUGCCCAAAUCCAGAUAUGAAAUCAGAGAUGAUCAUACCUUGAAAAUUCGGAAGGUGAUGGCUGGUGACACGGGGUCAUAUACUUGUGUUGCGGAAAAUAUGGUUGGAAAAGCUGAAGCCUCUGCUACUCUGACUGUCCAAGAACCUCCACAUUUUGUUGUGAAACCCCGUGACCAGGUUGUUGCAUUGGGACGAACUGUAACUUUCCAGUGUGAAGCAACUGGAAAUCCUCAACCAGCUAUCUUCUGGAGGAGAGAGGGGAGUCAGAAUCUGCUUUUCUCAUAUCAACCACCACAGUCAUCCAGCCGUUUUUCAGUCUCCCAGACUGGUGACCUCACUAUUACUAAUGUCCAGCGAUCUGAUGUUGGUUAUUAUAUCUGCCAGACUUUAAAUGUUGCCGGAAGUAUCAUCACAAAAGCAUAUUUGGAAGUUACCGAUGUGAUCGCAGACCGACCUCCCCCAGUCAUUCGACAGGGUCCUGUGAAUCAGUCUGUAGCAGUGGAUGGUACUUUAGUGCUCAGCUGUGUGGCCACAGGCAGUCCAGUGCCCACAAUUCUGUGGAGAAAGGAUGGAGUCCUUGUUUCAACCCAAGAUUCUCGAAUCAAACAGCUGGAGACCGGAGUACUACAGAUCCGAUAUGCUAAGCUGGGUGACACUGGUCGGUACACCUGCAUUGCAUCAACCCCCAGCGGUGAAGCAACAUGGAGUGCUUACAUUGAAGUCCAAGAAUUUGGAGUUCCAGUUCAGCCUCCAAGACCCACCGACCCAAAUUUAAUCCCUAGUGCCCCCUCAAAACCUGAAGUUACAGAUGUCAGCCGAAAUACAGUAACGUUGUCAUGGCAACCAAAUUUGAAUUCAGGUGCUACUCCAACAUCUUAUAUUAUAGAAGCCUUCAGCCAUGCAUCUGGCAGCAGCUGGCAGACCGUAGCAGAGAAUGUGAAAACAGAAACAUUUGCCAUUAAAGGACUCAAACCUAAUGCAAUUUACCUUUUCCUUGUGAGGGCAGCAAAUGCAUAUGGAAUUAGUGAUCCAAGCCAGAUAUCAGACCCAGUGAAAACACAAGAUGUUACCCCAACAAGUCAGGGGGUGGAUCACAAGCAGGUCCAGCGAGAACUGGGAGAUGUCGUACUGCAUCUCCACAACCCCACCGUCCUUUCUUCCUCUUCGGUCGAAGUGCACUGGACAGUGGACCAACAGUCUCAGUAUAUUCAAGGAUACAAAAUUCUUUAUCGCCCGUUUGGAGCCAGCCAUGGUGAAUCGGAGUGGUUAGUUUUUGAAGUGAGGACUCCAACCAAAAAUAGCGUGGUUAUCCCUGAUCUCAAAAAAGGAGUCAACUAUGAAAUUAAGGCUCGUCCUUUUUUUAAUGAAUUUCAAGGAGCAGAUAGUGAAAUUAAAUUUGCCAAAACCCUAGAAGAAGCACCCAGUGCCCCACCCCAAAGUGUAACUGUAUCAAAGCAUGAUGGAAAUGGAACUGCAAUUCUUGUCAGUUGGCAGCCACCUCCUGAAGAUACUCAGAAUGGAAUGGUCCAAGAGUAUAAGGUUUGGUGUCUGGGCAAUGAAACUCGAUACCAUAUAAACAAGACAGUAGAUGGUUCCACCUUUUCUGUGGUUAUUCCCUCACUGGUUCCUGGGAUCCGGUAUAGCGUAGAGGUGGCAGCCAGCACUGGGGCGGGAGCCGGGGUGAAGAGUGAGCCACAGUUCAUCCAGUUAGAUUCUCAUGGAAACCCCGUGUCACCUGAGGACCAAGUCAGCCUUGCUCAGCAGAUCUCAGACGUUGUGAAGCAGCCAGCGUUCAUCGCAGGAAUCGGGGCAGCCUGCUGGAUCAUCCUUAUGGUUUUUAGCAUCUGGCUCUACCGACACCGGAAAAAGAGAAAUGGGCUGACUAGUACUUAUGCGGGUAUCAGAAAAGUCCCGUCUUUUACCUUCACACCAACAGUAACUUAUCAGAGAGGAGGCGAAGCUGUGAGCAGUGGAGGGAGGCCAGGACUUCUCAACAUCAGUGAACCUGCCACGCAGCCAUGGCUGGCAGACACGUGGCCUAAUACUGGGAACAAUCACAAUGAGUGCUCCAUCAACUGUUGCACAGCAGGCAAUGGAAACAGCGACAGUAACCUGACCACGUAUAGUCGCCCAGCUGAUUGUAUAGCAAAUUAUAACAACCAACUGGAUAACAAACAAACAAAUCUGAUGCUCCCUGAGUCAACUGUUUAUGGUGAUGUGGACCUUAGUAACAAAAUCAAUGAGAUGAAAACCUUCAAUAGCCCAAAUCUGAAGGAUGGGCGUUUUGUCAAUCCAUCAGGGCAGCCCACCCCUUAUGCCACCACCCAGCUCAUCCAGUCAAACCUCAGCAACAACAUGAACAAUGGCAGUGGGGACUCCAGCGAGAAGCACUGGAAACCGUCCGGACAGCAGAAACAAGAAGUGGCACCAAUUCAGUAUAACAUCAUGGAGCAAAACAAACUGAACAAAGAUUAUCGAGCAAAUGACACAAUUCCUCCAACUAUCCCGUAUAAUCAAUCAUAUGACCAGAAUACAGGAGGAUCCUACAAUAGUUCAGACCGGGGCAGUAGUACAUCUGGGAGUCAAGGGCACAAGAAAGGGGCACGGACACCCAAGGUACCAAAACAAGGUGGCAUGAACUGGGCAGACCUGCUUCCUCCUCCCCCGGUGCAUCCACCUCAGAGCGCUAGUGAAGAGUACAGUAUUUCUGUAGAUGAAAGCUAUGACCAAGAAAUGCCAUGUCCUGUGCCACCAGCCAGGAUGUAUUUGCAACAAGGUGAACUAGAAGAGGAGGAAGAUGAACGAGGCCCCACUCCUCCUGUGCGGGGAGCUGCUUCUUCUCCAGCUGCUGUGUCUUACAGCCAUCAGUCCACUGCCACUCUGACCCCCUCUCCACAGGAAGAACUCCAGCCCAUGUUACAGGAUUGUCCAGAGGAGAUCGGCCACAUGCAGCACCAACCCGACAGGAGGGUCCUCCCAUGUGUGCGUGCACAUCUCUUAGCCAAGAUGGAUUCCAGCGAAGAGGCCUGUGGACGGCAGCCGGUGAGCCCUCCUCCACCUCCACGGCCGAUUUCCCCACCCCAUACUUACGGCUACAUUUCAGGACCCCUUGUCUCAGAUAUGGAUACGGAUGUGCCAGAAGAGGAAGAAGACGAAGCCGACAUGGAAGUAGCCAAGAUGCAGACCAGAAGGCUUUUGUUACGCGGGCUUGAGCAGACCCCUGCCUCCAGUGUUGGGGACCUGGAGAGUUCUGUCACUGGGUCCAUGAUCAAUGGCUGGGGCUCAGCCUCAGAGGAGGACAACAUUUCCAGCGGACGCUCCAGUGUUAGUUCUUCUGACGGCUCCUUUUUCACCGAUGCCGAUUUUGCCCAGGCAGUGGCAGCAGCAGCAGAGUACGCUGGUCUGAAAGUGGCACGGCGCCAAAUGCAGGAUGCUGCUGGCCGCCGACAUUUUCAUGCAUCCCAGUGUCCUAGACCCACAAGUCCUGUUUCCACAGACAGCAACAUGAGUGCUGCGGUAGUACAGAAGGCCAGACCAGCCAAGAAACAAAAACACCAGCCAGGACAUCUGCGCAGAGAAGCCUACACAGAUGAUCUUCCACCUCCUCCUGUGCCCCCUCCUGCUAUAAAGUCACCCACUGCCCAAUCCAAGGCACAGCUGGAGGUACGACCUGUAAUGGUGCCAAAACUCCCUUCCAUAGAAACAAGAACAGACAGAUCAUCAGAGAGAAAAGGAGGCAGUUACAAGGGGAGAGAAGUAUUGGAUGGAAGACAAGUUGCUGAAAUGCGACCAAAUCCAGGUGACCCCAGAGAAGCACAGGAACAGCAAAAUGAUGGGAAAGGACGAGGAAACAAGGCAGCAAAACGAGACCUUCCACCAGCAAAGACUCAUCUCAUCCAAGAGGAUAUUCUACCUUACUGUAGACCUACUUUUCCGACAUCAAAUAAUCCCAGAGAUCCUAGUUCUUCAAGCUCAAUGUCAUCAAGAGGAUCAGGAAGCAGACAAAGAGAACAAGCAAAUGUAGGUCGAAGAAAUAUUGCAGAAAUGCAAGUUCUUGGAGGAUAUGAAAGAGAAGAUAAUAAUGAAGAAUUAGAGGAAACUGAAAGCUGAAGACAACCAGAGAGGCUUGUGAGAUCUAAUGUGAAAGUUAUCACUCAAGAUGCCUCGUGUCUGAUGACAUAUGACGCCAGAUAAAAUGUUCAGUGCAAUCAGAGUGUACAAAUUGUCGUUUUUAUUCCUCUUAUUGGAAUACCAUUUUUUUUUAAAGUUUAUUGGGGUUUUAUUGUUGUUGUUUGAUCCCUAUCCUUACGAAGAACCUCCCUGUUCCCCUCACUGUUGGAACAAAUCAUUACACCUUGCUUCCAGCAAGGGAAGUAUUUGACUUCUUGCUUCAGUCAUCAGCCAGCAGGAGAGAACAAAACAGUUCUUUUGCAUUUUGCCCCUGAGAUGUGGCAUUGCACUGCUUAUAUACCAAGCCAAUUUACAGCAAAAUAUUGAUCAAAGAUACAAAGUUGACUAAUCAACCUCAUGCCAAGGGCUCUCAAGUUAUAAUCUUUCUAUAACCAACUGCUAAUGCAAACUAAAACAUAACUUCAUUUUAACAUGAUUUUAAAAUCAGUCUUUCAUACCACCCUCUUCUGGGAGAAAAAAAAUACGUAGCAAAUGCAGAACAACCACAAACAAUUUGAAUGGGGUAGAAACAUUGUAAAUAUAUACUCUUUGCAACCCCUGGUGGUACUUUACUUUGUCUUCAUUUCAAUCAUUGAAGUAUAUUCUUAUUGGAAAUGUACUUUUGGAUAAGUAGGGGUAAGCCAGUUGGAUAUCUGGUUGUCAAGUCAUUGUCAUAAGUCAGCCUAGCAAAAACCUUGUUCUAUUUUUCAAUCAAAAAAGCAAUUAUAAAUACAUAUUACAAACAAAUGGAUGUUUUUAAUGACCAAUUGAAUAAGGACAUCCCUAUCUUAACUGGCCUAAAUUUCUUCUGGUAGUGUCAGUUCAACUUUCAGAAGUGCCACUUAAGGAAGUUUGAUUUUUGUUUUUGUAAUGCACUGUUUUUAAUCUUUUUUUUUUUUUUUUUUGGUUUUAAAAGCACAAUCACUAAACUUUAUUUGUAAACCAUUGUAACUAUUAACCUUUUUUGUCUUAUUGAAAAAAAAUGUUGAGAAGCGUUUUUAACCUGUUUUGUUAAUGCUCUAUGUUUGUAUUUGGAAUAUUUGAAUGAUGACAGAUGGUGAAGUAACGUGCAUACUUUAUUGUGGGCCAUGUACGCAAUGGUUCUUACUUUUCCCGGACUUAAAGAAAAAAAGGUUUAAGUUUGUUGUGGCCAAUGGUGAAACUUACAAGAUUUCCUUAUAAGCUCAAAUAGAGGCAUUACUUGCUUUGAAUUGCCAAAUGAUGCCCUCUGACUGUAGAUUUUUAUGAUCCUUUUUUUGUCAUUAUAUAAAUUUCAUUGACUUUAUAAUUGGUGCUAUUGAAGAAAAAAAAUGUACAUUUAUUCAAAUAUAGGUAUCAGGCCUGACCCCACUGGAAAACAAAGCCAAACAAAACUGAACCACAAAAAAAAAAAAAGGUGGUGUUCACCAAAAACUAAAUGUGUUCAUUUAGAUAAUUUGAAAUUUACAUAGAAAAGGUGUGCAGUACUAAGGGAACAAUCCAUGUGAUUAAUGUUUUCAUUAUGUUCAUGUAAGAAGCCUCUUAUUUUUAGCCAUAAUUUUGCAUACUGAAAAUCCAAUAAUCAGAAAAGUAAUUUUGUCACAUUAUUUAUUAAAAAUGUUCUCAAAUACA